UUUGAUCAUCAUUUUCUUCAUGGGUAUGUAGUACUAACUAGCGCUGCUUUUUUGAUCGAAACCACUCAUUUAUGACACGUAUAGUCACACCAUCGGGUCGAACUACUGGGUAACUGUCGAGUGUCAGUGCGUACUUUUGUUUCUCCCUUCUGUUGACGCAUCUGUUAAACUCAGAAGUAGGUUCCGGACGACGUCGAUAAGGUUACAUCCAUCUGAUGUCCGGCAACUGAUGUUGAGCAGGGAUGAUUAGGCCUUGGCUACUUGGCGCCUUGGCGCUCAGGCCCAUCUGCUUUAUUUUGGAUUGGUAUUGGCAAUUCACAAGUUUGUCCCACUCGAUCUCGCAAACCGGGUCACAUGCACACAUGAGAUAUAGAUUAGUAUGGGCUAUCUAUAUCAGCCUCUGCGUUGCGAUAUUUAGCUUACAGUAGUACUUGGCGAAAAUGUAAUACAUUCAUUGCUCCGUCACGCAGUGUACUUGCAGGUAAUAUUAGUGGCAGUUGAUGUAUGUAUCCCUGCCUUUUCGCAUCUCCUAGUGCUGGCAGUUGCUAAUCUACCCACAGCCUCCACUCCUCCUCUCUUUGCCAUCUCGCACCACGACCACCCUAGGCUAUUACACCAUCUACCGCCCUCGCACACCUCCGCAUGCCUUCGCAGGCUUACACUAUUGAACCAUACAUCUUGAGACACCCGGGCCCAGGAGUACCGUGUCGAUGUAUCACUCAUUGGCACCCUCAAGUCGAUCGCCACAGCCUAUCGAAGGUUUACUGGAAGAACAGGUCCC